CAUUUGGUGAAUAUCGACUGAAGAUGAGACUUCCACGAUUUGUCGCCGCUUAAUUACCUCGCUGUGUCCUUCAGACCUGGGGUUUUUCUUUGUCUCUUAGAUUCAACACGGGAGAACGCUGGGCUUCUCUUUGUUGGUGAAGUCUGCGUUGCGUUGAUUCGACCGGGGCAAAUAAACACUACGAGGUAUCUUGCAGGGGGGGCACUUGAAGAGCGCAGACUUGAAGCUUCAUAUCUCACCGAAUCGGGCAGCACACGACGUUUUCACGAGUUAAACGCCCGCCGUGUUACAGCCAUGACGAAUUCCACUCCCACGCCAGAUCCCGUCGAGCGGUUCUGCCACCAGUAUCUUCAACUGGAACCGACCCUUGACUACCCUGCUGCCGAGGUCAUACGGGAACAACCAGCGCAAGACACAAUUUAUAAGAAUCUCUUCUCGGACGAGGGGCCCCGUUACAGCCCUCCUGCGAGGUACCGCGUAAAGGUCCUGAAAGAGCUCGUUGCACGCAUCGAGUCGAGCAUCGAGGAUUGGGACCAGCACGAAGUCUCGGAAGAUCUCAUGGCAGCCUUAUCAGAAUCUCUUGCAACCCCAAUUCCCUCUGAGAUAUCCUCUGCUCAGCAGAAGGCCUACGUCACCUACCACAUGAGCAGCCUUGCGCAGGACCCUUCCGAGACGCACUUACAUAGGCCUGACAUCACCCUGCUCGAGUCCCGUUCGCUGAUCUCUGCUUCUGGUACCACGGGCCUCCGAACAUGGGAGGCCGCAUUGCAUCUAGGGCAAUAUCUCUGCUCGAACCGGCAAGUCAUCCAAGGGAAGCGGGUUCUCGAACUGGGAGCCGGCACCGGAUACCUGGCCAUCCUCUGUGCCAAGCACCUCGCCGCCACGCAUGUCGUUGCAUCGGACGGGUCGGAUGACGUUAUCAACAACCUCCCGGAGAGUUUCUUCCUUAAUGAUCUGCAAGAAAGCAGUCUGGUCAGACCGAUGGAAUUGAAAUGGGGUCAUGCCAUGAUCGGAACAGAAGACCAGCAGUGGAACAACGGCGAGACUGUCGACGUGGUCAUCGGAGCAGACAUCACCUAUGAUCAGAGCGUCAUCCCGGCGCUCAUCGCGACCAUCCACGAGCUGUUUUCGUUGUUCCCGGACGUCGAGGUUUUGAUAUCCGCAACCCAGAGGAACGAGGCAACGUUUGAGGCGUUCUGCAGCCGUUGCCGUCAGCGCGGGAUGGGCCUCGGCUACGUUGACUUCCCGAUACCCGCGAGGGAGCGGCAAACGGGUCCGUUCUACAGCGACAGAGUGCCGAUUCGAAUCUGUCGAGUGUCGGCGCCAUCAAGCACGGGCGUGAAGCGGUAAGAUGGUUGGGUGGGUGGGCGGG